AUGAACAAGCUUCUCAUUCUCCUCCUAGCCAUCACCAGCCUCACAGUAACCGCCGAAAACCGCGCGAAACGCCAACUUUUGAGCGUUCUAGCGGCCGAGAACGCUGCCCGCCGUGCCGAAAUCAAUUCGGCCGUCGCCACCAACUUGGCUAUGGCAACUGCGAAUGCGGCCCGGAUCCGUGCCCAAAACACGGCCCUGAUCGAGCAGCAAAUGAUCGCGAACAAUGCUCGGCGAACGGCGUUGGCCGCGCAGGCCAACGCCAAUUUGAACGCGGCGGAGCUGCGAGCUGCGGCCAACACGGCUCGAAUGGGCAUGGGAUAUCCAUUUAUGUAUGGAUAA